CUGUAAUGUAACGCUGAGAGAGAGAGAGAGGGAGAGCGAGAGAGAGAGAGAGAGAGAGAGAGUGAGUAAGUAAGAGAGAGAGAGAGAGAGAGGAGCCAUGUUGAUGCCUGGUUUUGUGUCAACCGCUGCACUCUGGAUGGUUAAAGGACUGCAGGAGUCUCGGCGGUGAUUCCAGCACCGCGAUGAGAAGCGGAGAGCGAGGUUGAGGUGGUAACAGGAGAGAGAAAGAGAGCGCGAGCUGCUCUGAGCUUCAACGGGCGAUUCAAGAAGCAAGUUGUUGCUAGGUAGCUUGGUUGCUAGGUAGCUUGUCUGCUAGGUAGCAACAGCUGUGCGGGACUAAAGAAAUCACCUUCUUCUGCUUGUUGCUUUUUGUUGGACUAACAUUAACUAGACUGCUUGAAGACCUGGAGUAACAACGGAGCUGCUUGGAGACGAGCUAGCUUGCUUUAAAGUUGCCUUUCAUAAAGCUAGCUAGCUCGCUAGUUAGCUAACGUUAGCAUGCUGACAGUCAGCUCGCAGCUUCAGUCACGACUAAACAUUAGCUAGCUGAGUGGACUCUCAUUACUUCCAGACAGUUGUGGAUAUAUUGGAGAUAUGGCGACACAUCCAGUCUCUGUGGACCGAUUCGCUGCUUCGCCCAGCUUGCCAAGGAGCGGCUAGCAGGGUUAAAAGCUAGCAGCAUAACUUUCCCUUCUCUUGGUGUGUCACACUGCACUUCCUCGCUAGCCAACCCUCUCGUACCUGCAUUCAAGCUGGCGGCCCUCCGAGUAGAAGCCGAGGACAAGGAGCUGGUGCCUUUGGCCUGGGUGCUGAAGAUGGACGACGCCACCAUAGAGUCGGGGCUGGUGCACGACUUCGAUGCCAGCCUGUCCGGCAUCGGGCAGGAGCUGGGGGCUGGAGCCUACAGCAUGAGCGAUGUGCUGGCUCUGCCCAUAUUCAAGCAGGAGGACUCCAGCCUUCCUCCUGAAAGCGAGACCAAAAACCCCCCAUUCCAGUAUGUGCUGUGCGCCGCCACCUCGCCGGCAGUCAAGAUGCACGACGAGACGCUCACAUACCUGAACCAAGGCCAGUCUUACGAGGUGCGUAUGUUGGACAACAGGAAGCAGGAAGAGUUACCAGAGCUCACCAACAAGAUGGUGAAGAGCAUAGUGCGUGUGGUGUUUCAUGACCGCCGGCUGCAGUACACAGAGCACCAGCAACUGGAGGGCUGGAAGUGGAAUCGUCCUGGCGACCGUCUCCUUGACAUCGAUAUCCCCAUGUCAGUGGGCAUAGUGGAGCCGAAGACUCACCUCUCCCAGCUCAACGCUGCAGAGUUCCUGUGGGACUUGAACAAAAGAAGUUCUGUUUUUGUGCAGGUGCACUGCAUCAGCACAGAGUUCACUCCCAGGAAGCACGGCGGAGAGAAGGGCGUCCCCUUCAGGAUCCAAUUCGACACGUUCGCCCAGGGAGACUGUGGAGAGUACACAGAGCACCUCCACUCUGCCUCCUGCCAAAUCAAAGUCUUUAAGCCAAAGGGGGCGGACCGUAAGCAAAAGACGGACAGGGAAAAGAUGGAGAAACGCACACCUCAAGAGAAGGAAAAGUACCAGCCUUCUUAUGAUACCACUAUCCUGUCAGAGACGAGGCUUGAACCCAUCAUAGAGGAUGCGGGUGACCACGAGCUGAAAAAGUCCAGCAAGCGAACACUUCCCGCUGACUGUGGCGACUCCUUGGCCAAGAGAGGCAGUUGUUCCCCGUGGCCAGACAACGCCUACGUCAGCCCCAACCAGGCAGCUACUCCCUCCUUCACCUCGACCCCGCUGUCCACCUACACAACCUCCUCAGUACCGGACAGUGACUCGUCCUCACCCAAUCACCAGGCAGACCCUGGUAGCCAUGGCAACUCGGAGAUUAGUCUCCACUCUUCUCACCUGUACGAAAUGGUGGAAAAGCAGUUGAGCACCACAGCGUCCAUACAGGACGCACAGAAGUGGCUGCUGAAAAACCGCUUCAACUCCUACACACGGCUCUUCUCUCACUUCUCAGGUUCUGAUUUGUUGAAGCUAACUCGGGACGAUCUGGUUCAGAUUUGUGGGCCAGCAGAUGGAAUCAGACUCUUCAAUGCACUUAAAUCCAGGUCAGUGCGUCCCAGGUUGACAGUGUACGUCUGUCAGGAGUCCCAACAGGAGAGCCCCCUGCUGGAGAGACACGCCACCAAUGAAAAUGGAGAACACAGCAUUUCCUCUAGUUUACACGUGUAUCAUGCUCUGUACCUAGAGGACCUCACAGCUGCAGAACUGAUCCGCAAGAUGGCGUGUGUGUGCAACCUUCCACUGGGAACCAUCAACCAGGUGUACAGACAGGGUCCUACAGGCAUACACAUCCUGCUCAGUGACCAGAUGGUUUACAACUUGCCUGACGAGAGCUGUUUUUUGAUCAGCACUGUCAAAGAUGAACUGGGCGAAGGACUCCAUCUAAUCCUGAAGUAGUGAGGAGGACAGAUGGCAUCACUAAUACGCCACCCUCUGUUUUGGAGCAGAAGCCUCCCUCUGUCCCUCUCCGCCUGCCUCUACUCUUUCCUCGCACUUCCUCCCGCUCUCUCUAAACGAUCGCUCGAUGGGAAGCAGUCAGACUGCGCUAAAGCCAUGUAAAUGUUAGAAUCUGACAUGGGUGUGUCCACUGUUUCAUAUUGAAAACACUAUUAAUGGAGAGGUUUAGUUGAAAGAGGAGAGACUGGGGGGGAUAUGGGGUUAGGGGAAAGAUAAUGAUGUAUGUAUUUUGAUUUUAUUAUUUUAUUUUUUGUCUUUUUUAUAUGGUUUCUGCGGGAUAAGGGGGUAGGGUUGCUCCAGGAGAGAGGGGGAGUGGCAUUCUGGCCGGCAGGAGAAGCAAAGAAAGCAGAGUUUCCUUAUUGCUCGUUGCCCUUCUUACACAACCAGCACUAGGCCAGUAUUUGAUAACCUGUACUGCUGAACAGCAUGCGAUCUCAACAUACUAACCUGCUUCAAUGAGAAUCCCAGAAUUUACUCUGCUUGUUUAACACUCUUGAUGGGGUUGUCUUAAUAAUCCAUUUAUUGAUCAGCUGAGCUUGGUAACCCCUGAAAUAUCCAGGCUAAAUUUGUGGAAGUGGCGUCAUUUGUGGAUGUUGACACCAACGUUUUUUUUUUUUUUUUCUUGGACUCUGUCAGAUGGACUGAUUUCAUUAACUCUUGUCACAUAGAGUCAUUCUAUGUGACUUUAGACUUCCAGCCAUAUCUCUCUGUCUGAUCACACUCAGCUCAACUCUCUUCACGUACGUCCUGUUUGCGCUUUUACUGUUUUUAGUUGAUGCUUUAUUUAUGGAUCAGCUCGUUCUAUUGCUCUCAUUGAUUUUACUUGUUUCUGGUGCCAUUUUCGCUCGAUCUUUUCCUCACUUUCACAAACACAGUGCACAUGCACCUCGUCGUCGACUCCUCUGCUUUCUGUGCGGACUUUGAAACACUGGUUUAGAGGAAUGCGGUUUACACCUUCUGGGAUUUUGGCCAUAAAUAUGUAGAAAAUGAGGAGCAAACCUCCAUAGAGGACUGACAUACAGAGCAUUAACGCCUAUCCAAAAACCUUCUAUAAUGUGGACCAAACGGGUUUCAGAUUGAUAGGCAUUUUUUUUUUAGGAAAAGCCUCAUUGGCUCUGUACAUCUUGGUCAUUAGAAGCAUUCAUAGAAAUGAUCAGAUGGCGAAUUAAACCCUCAUCUAGUGGAGUUGCUUGUGCGCUGCAUGUACAUAGUAAUAAACCCUCCAUUCCAGGAUCUGCUCUGCAAGAAACAACCCAUCACACAGCAGGCUGGUAGAAAUCCAGCGCCACAUCCAUCUUCAAAAUCUUGUGUUUUUAAUGUAGCCGAACACAGGAAGUACAGGUCGUGCCCUUUUGGAAAGUGACAGGAAAUCUCACACAGGUCCUCGGAGUCGCCGCUGGUUUAGUUGACCCCCCUUUAAUUUUGGUACACAGUGUCUGGCAGUGUUGCGAGUGCAUACAGUUUGCACGCCUAUAAGUGUCAGAAUGUGUGUGAGUGUGUGCAUGUGUAUCAUUUUUCAUUCUUGCAAAGAAAACUUAAUUAUGUCAGUCAGUAGUUGUCAUAAACUUUUUCCUGUUGGUUUGAUGAAACUGUGUUUAGCUUGCUGUUUAGUAAAGAGCAUGUGGAAGAUGGGGAAAUGAGGGAGGGAGGGAUUGAUUUGUCGAGUCCUUGUUUUUCCAUUUGUUAGAGACCAAGUCUGCACUGAGAAAUCACAAAACUCAAGCUCGAUGUGUAGUCGGUAGUCUUACAGCCACACCCUUUUCUUACCCGCCUAUAAGAAGGAGAACAAAAAAAAAAGAAGAAUGUCGAGACUAAAAAAAGCAUCUGUGUUUUUGUCUCACCGUGCGCCAGAGCCAGGACUGUAGCUCUUGUGGUGUUUACAAGGACACGAUGAGUACCACAGCACAGUGAACUGUGUUCAGUAACAGAGCGGAUGUGAUACCAAGUCAGGCAAAAACUCUGGUGAGCAGUUUCGGUCCCCCUGAAGGCCUGACCAGUCGUCUUGUUUGUCCGUGUGAGACUGAGUGUGUGUGAGAGAGUGUGAGCAGGAGAGGUGACCACUGUUCAUGUACAGCCUAAUGUCAAUGAUGAUGCUUCUCAUGUGCACAGUAUCGUAUGCUGGAGAUGUACACAACCACGUGCUGGGAAUAAAUGAUUUCAUAACUUUC